GAAAGAAGACACACACAUUCACAGACGGCUCGUCAAAGCACGCGCAAACGACGGAGGAUGAGCACCAUUGAGGCAAACGGUGCAGCCGCGCAUCCCGAUGAAGAUCAACGGCGUUCGUCAUUUGGAUGGCCCAGUGCAUUGGACCCGGUGUAACAACCCGGCGGACCAGUUAUUGGCGGUGUUACGCAGCACCAUGCCGGUACUUAUCCUGAGCAAGCUGUAAAUUUCGGCCGUGAUGACCGGCCUGCGCCAUCGCAUUCGGGUGUCCCUCCCGAACUUUGCUGCUCAACAUGGGUCAUCGCAACCAUUGCCAACGGGGUCGAUGAUCUCAGGCUCCAGCACAGGCGCCAACACGAUGGCGAAAACGUUGCAGCUGCUCCAACAACAGAUGGCACAGCAACAGCAGUUGCUGAAACAAAUCAUGUGCCAGCGAAUGUAUACGCUGAAUCCUGCCGUCCCCAGCUUCCAGCCGAAGCAAGUGAUCGAAGCGCUCUCCCGCAACAUUAGUGAAUUUCGUUUCGAUGGUGAGAGCGGCAUCACUUUCAGAGCGUGGUUCUCGCGCUACGACGAGCUGUUCAAAAAGGAUGCGGCUCGUAUCGACGAUGCAGCGAAGGUUCGUCUACUGCUACGCAAGCUCGGCCCCAAUGAGCAUGACAGGUAUUCAUCGUUCAUUCUACCUGCGCGCUAGUGAUUUCCAUUUCGAUGAAACGAUAGCACAGCUCGAAACGUUAUUUGAUACCCGCGAAUCACUACUUAGUAAACGUUUUAAGUGUCUCCAAUUACUCAAAACAGUAGCGAGGAUCAUCUCACUUUUGCGUGCUGGCUCAACAAAGCGUGUGUUGAUUUUGAACUAAGUAAAAUGCGAGAAGAGCAGAGUUAAAGUGUUUACUUUUUGUGUGCGGACUCAAGGACGAGUCAGAUAAAGACAUGAGGACUAGGAUGCUCGCGCGUAUAGAGGAUAAACCUGAUGUUACAUUACAACAAUUAUCAGCUGAGUGUCAUAGAAUAGUUAAUUUGAAGCGGGACAGCGCCAUGAUAGAGUCGAAUGCGCAGGAAAAUGUAUUUGCCGUACAGUCGCGGGAACAGCGGUUCCAACGUUCGCCGCCAACACAAUUACGAAAGCCAAGGUAUAAUUGCUUUAAGAGCGGUGAUUUACACUGGGUUAGUGAAUGCCCGUUUUACAACAACAAAUGCAACGAUUGCAACCGUUUCGGUCAUAAAGAAGGUUAUUGCCAGUCAAGCCAAAAUCAUAGCCAAUACUUUAAGCCAACGUGGAAGCCAGGAUUUAAAAAUCGAAAUGUAGCUAAUACUAAAGUCGUGAAAGUCAAUGUGUUCAAUGUUAAUAACCAUCGUCGGUUUGUUGAUAUAACGCUUAACGCUAUGCCUGUCCAUUUGCAGGAGGCAGUAAAAAGUGAAUUAGACCGGUUAGAGCAACUUGGAAUCAUUACUCCGGUGAAUUUUUCCGAAUGGGCUGCAACAGUAGUCGUUGUUGGAAUGGUGCAAUUCGAAUCUGCGGGGAUUAUUCAACGUGGUUGAAUGAUGCUCUUCAACCCUAUGACUACCCGCUUCCUCUCCCGGAGGACAUUUUUGCGCGUCUGGCAAACAGUAUUGUCUUUAGUAAAAUAGAUCUUUCCGACGCAUUCUUACAAGUUGAGAUAGAUCCGCGCUAUCGUAAUUUGCUUACAAUUAACACACACAAAGGUCUAUACAAUUAUAAUCGCCUUCCACCUGGCGUUAAGAUAGCCCCUGCUGCAUUUCAACAAAUCAUAGACGCAAUGUUAACUGGAUUUAACGGUGUUUCAGGCUAUUUAGAUGACAUAAUUAUUGGAGGUAAAACUCAGCAGGAGCACAAUGAAACAUUGGUUAAUGUACUUAAGCGAAUCGAAGAGUUUGGGUUGUAAUAACUUGGACCUUUGUGUAUUAUGUUAUGUGUAAAUAUGUAAACACCUUUGUGAUAUUAUGGUCA